CUUUUUUCCUUUUUAUUUUUCUUUUCCCCUAUCCUUCCCACCCGUAGUUUCUUGUGGACUAACCAACCCUAGAUCUGGAUCUUGUUCCGCUCUUAUUCGUUCGUUCUCCAGGGCUGUUGAGGACGUAUCCCGAUGGCUUCUUCACGCCUGUGCGCCACUUAAUUCUCGCCUCAUUAACAUCCACGAGGUCCAGUUUCAGUGAGAGUUGAGAGCUUUCUAUCUUCUCAAGUUUAUAUUCCAGCGCACGAUCUGGUCUCCAUGUGCCUGUACCAUGGCCCUUCCUCGAGAGUCUUCUUGCCCAAGAAAUGGGGGCGUUGUUUGAAAGCAGUGAAGUUCGCACCUCGCUCCUCGAGCUACCAGCAGAGGGCGGCGGAUCGCUUGUCUCCUUCCCCGGAUCUGGAGGCUUCGGAUGAGGAGGUGGGGCGAGGUGUCGGUGGGGGUGUGCACAGACGAGGGAGGGGCCGAAGGCGAGGUAGUCAUGGUCGAAGUGGAAGCGUUGAAAAGGAGAAUUUAGUUAGUGUCAAAAGGACGUACCUUUUCAGUAGGUUAAGACCAUUUUAUAUGCUCGCCCUUCGAAGCCUAGUAGGUUAAAAGGACGUUCCUUUUUCAAUGUCUUGUCAACCUUUCGAAUUCUUUCUUCGAAGCGGGGAUUCGAUCCUCACUCUCUCUCUCUCACAUCCCUCUUGUGUUAUUCCCUUCGUAGCUGACCCUCGUCCUGCUGUGAGGGGAGGGGGGCUUCUUUAAUCGUCGAAGAAGGCGGAUUUGCACUUCUUUCGAUCGUUCUCCGCAGCUGAUGGGUUCCAGGUAAGCUUUUGUUCCGACCUCUCGCUGAGAAAGUCGAGUUUUUGUUCCGGAUUCUGGAAGAGCCCGAUGACAGAGGAUUUGCUUGUUCUUUUCAAUUUUGUUUUUGUUUUACUUUGGGUUGAUUUUAAUGGUUUAAAAUUAGCCAAGCCGGGGUUUCAUCCAUAAAGGAAAGUUUUUACUUCUUUCUUUGUUGGGGAUGGCAAGCGGUGUGGAAGGUUUGCUUCUUGUUAUCAGCUAUGCAUGCGCAUCGCUGAACCACCAAACAGUGAAAAGAUUUUUCGUUUUUUGGAUACUUUGGGUGUUCAAGAGCUUUUGAUGUGCGUCGGAUCUUUGUCUGGUUUAUGUCGAAGUUGGAACUGGAUGUUCGUAUCGUUUCAGUUCUUCCGAAAUGUAGUAAUUGCAUUCUUUCAGUUCUUCUAGAAACAGUAAUUGGCUGAAGAAUUCAUUUUUAUUUAGUCAAAAUAUAUUAUGUAUGACAACCUCUACUAGGAUCAGCUUCUCUUUAACCUUUUUCUUUCAACAGUGCAUCAUUCUUGAUUUUGAUCAUUGUAACUUGAAGUGGUAUCCUUUUGCCGUAUUUUAAUCUUCGACUUGGUUGGUGUUGUUUUUUGCAUGGAAAUUAUGGUUUUGUAAUAACUCAUAUUGAUACCUUUUCCAUUCUUUUACCAGUAUAAUUUGUUGAUCUAGGUCAUUGAAUCUGGAUUUCACCUUAGUGGGCUGUCUAAUAUAUAGAGGAUAAUGUUAUCUUAGUUACAGUGACUAUGUACUCAUGUGUGCUCUACUUGAUCGAAGUUAUCAGAAGACUUGGUAGUGUUUGAUUGGGUAUUUAGAUGUUUAAUGGUCACCUGAAUUUUGAUUGUAUCUUGGAAGUGAGAGAUUUUCGAAGAAAAUGUUUGUGCUUCGACAGUUCUUUUGGUCCUUUGGCACAGCUUGUCAUGGUGAUGAUAUUUCUCUUUUAAUACUUGUUUGGAUCAUAUAAAACCAUCAAUUCCUGCCUAGUUUCUAGCUUAUGAGCUUUAAGUUUAUGAAUUAUUUGGUAGAAAGCUACAGGACCCACAUCCUAGGCAGGGUGGAUUGAAUUGUCCUGUUACAACAAAACCUCUUGGGUUAUUUUCACGUGCUCUUGAAUUUAGCUGUGAUUAUAAUUUGUAGAACUUGGAUAUAUAGCAUCCACUCCUCAGAGGUGUACAAAUUACCUCGACAUAAAUACUGCAGUUUGCUUGUGCCUGGAAUUACUAGAUAAUUGGCAGAUCAAAUUCAAAUGAUUCUUUCUCCUCUGGGAAUGUACUGAUUUCUUAAUAUGAUGUAAAACCUGUGAUUAGUUUUAGGGUCAGUUGUUUGGUUGUAGAACAGAACACAAUCCCAAUAGUGUUCCAUGAAAGAUAUUCAGAUAACUUUAUGACGAGCUAUCAAUUGAAUGUGAAUUUUGUAAAUAGUUAUUCUUAUAAUUCCAGAGUUCCUCUAGGUAUUCCUCUAAACUCUCCCAAGAGUUCUUGGUAGACUUGGUUCUCAGAAUACAAGUGGGUUGGUUCUAAAUGGUGAAAGAUCUCUGCUGAUUAGCCAUGAAUAGAAUGGAGGUGUCGUUCCAGUAACUAGUCCAUUAGUCAGUGGAAGAAGAGAUGUCAGCAGGCAGGCCUCAUUACGUCUCAUAAUUUAAUCCACAAUGUUUCUUGUCAUCCACACCCUAGUGUCUUUCAUGUUAAUUACCAGUUCCUAUUUUCCCUUGUCAUUUCUUUUAAGUAUGCUCCAUCUUUCAGAUAUCUUAACCUAAACAUAAGUAUUUACAACUUGAAGUGCUGAAUUCCUGAAGAACAGGAGAUUGGGUCUCAUUGUAUUUCAUCUGUUAAGUCUUGCAACUGCCUAGUCUGAUCUUUACAGCUUUGUAGUUGACUAAUAGUUAUACAUUUUUUACUUUAAGUUUAGCUGAAAAAAAUUACAGUAAUAAAAUCAUAAACUGACUAUUAAGAAGUAAUCAAAGUCAAGAUUUAUAUUUCUUCUAGUACCUUGUGCUUUUUCAGCCUAGUAUUUUGAUUGAUUAAGGUCCAAUCUGUAUGAGUGGAUUCAUGUUGAGUGCAACUUGUUUAUUACUCAUGUGGCUUGUCUAUUUUGUAUGAGAAAGAGUGUCUCUAUGAGGUUGAACAGCUUUAUUAUUAAAAAAAAAUCUGUUUGCACUGUGAUUGUUGACAAUAAUACUUUAAAGCAUUUUUUAACAUAUGUAUUGAUAGCUAAAUAUCAGUGAAGCAAUGAAUUCUAACUUCUUUCCUUGCUGUUAAAGUUCAAUUUAUUAUUUUAGUUGCUUCUAUAAAAUUGAUUAAUAUAUUUAUAUGAUUAUCAAAAUUCUUUCCAUGAUUCACUUUAAAUUUCAAGCUUUUUUACAAUUGUUUUUUAGUUGAAGUUGAAAAUAACUCUGUCCAAAAGUUUUAGCUUGUCUUCCAUACCCAUAUUGGUGCCCAAGUAACCUUAUUUUUUUACUUCUAAUCUGCAGAUCUUGAAAUUUUUCCAAGAUAUUAAACCAUUUAAUCACAUAUAUAGAACUCUUUGGUCAAACUAGAUCUUUAAUCUUUUAUACAGUAACUUUUCAAUCAUCAGUUCCUAGCCCAAAUAUACAAUUCUGAUAACUUUGCUGUGAAGUUGCUCUUCCUCUUGCUUUUUUUGAUGUGAUUUUAGUACCUUUCCAUUAUUGUUUUCCUUUUCGUUUUCUGCUUAAAUAUUAUUACUCCCUUUGCCGUUUAUUCAGUUUUUUCUCCAUAUUAAUUUUUACAUUGCUGCUUCACUCAAUAUUAGAGUAAUCGUAAGCACCAAAUACUCCAUAUUAAUUUUUUCGCAGCUUACAUUUUGUCUUUUGCAAAUGGAACAUGUACACUAUUCAUUAAGCAUGUUAUUAUCUUUUAUUUUCAUAUUAUUAUACAAUGUGGGAAUAAUAUUGUUUAUGUCAGUUGAUAUUAACAUAAAAAUACUAUUCUUGGCUUGAUUGUCAUUAGAUUGAUUAAGGGGUUAACUCAAUGUGCAAGAGACUCAAGUUGUACAUUACAAGGUUUUUAAUUUAGCACUGUACCUACAUAUUGAGCCUUGCUCGGUACAAUACAUACCGGCAUAUCGAGUGGUACACCUAAAAUAGGCAUAAAACCCUCCGAAAAUAUCUAAAAAAUAAAAAAAAUGUUAGGAUAGGGUUUUUAAGUUAGAAAUAAAUAUACAUCUAGUAUAAUUUUAGCAAAACUAAUGUAAAUUAGGUAAAAAUAGUGCCACAUAUCUUUUCAUGCUUUCAGAAGUAGCUUGUGAAUAAAAAUUGUUGCUUUGUUGAGUUUAGAAAAGUGAAAUGGUGAGAAUAAGAGAGAGAUUAUGAGUAAAAACGAGUUUGAGAGAGUUUAAGAAAGUAUGAGAGUGAAAUGAAUUGAAAGAGGGGGGAGGAAUGAGUUUAAAAACCCUAUAGGAUGCCUUCAAUAGUCAAAUUGAUUUGAAAACCGAUAUAAAUUGGUAACAGUCGAUUUCGAUCGUUACCACCCAGUACAGGUCGGUAACCGUCAAAAUCGACCGGUAUCGCCCGAUACAGGUCAGUAAUGGUUGAAAUUUUGAUUGUUACCACUCGGUACAGCCCCAUAUCGCUCGACGGGGCAAAAUAUCUGGUAUCGCCCGGUAGCGAGUGGUCCGCGUGCUAAUAGGCUGCUGGAUCAGUACAUACCACCUGUGUCGGGCAGUACAGUACGAAAUUAAAAACCUUGGCACAUCAUGCUACAUAGUAUACAUCUAAUUUCUUGGUUGCAUUUAGAGCUCAUGUGUAUGUAUAUGUUUUUAGUUUAAUAUGGAAAGCAAUUGAAGAAUAGCUUGGUUUUCUUUUCCUUCACUCAUUUCAUUAAGCAUGUGUUACAUUAUAUCUGUCUCUUUCUUAAUCCUAUCCAUCUAUCUAUUAAUAUGCUAAAUUAUGUGUAUUGGCUUUUGCAAUAUCUACUUUUAUAUAUAUAGGUCGAUGGCCGGAUUAAAAUCUUUUCGUGAUGCUGAGAUAGACUUGGAAGAUGGUAAAGUUGAGAAAGAUAGGGAUAAUAUUUUAUGCAGCUACAAACCUAUAAAGCUACGUAAUCAAGCUCUUCUUUCUGGUCUUGCAUACUGUAUAUCAUCAUGCAGCAUGAUACUUGUAAACAAAUUCGUGCUGUCAGGCUAUGAUUUUAGUGCUGGUAUAUCGUUAAUGCUUUACCAGAAUUUUGUUUCAGUAAUUGUAGUUUCCAUUUUGAGUUCAUCAGGUGUAAUAUCAACAGAACCUCUCACAUGGAAACUAAUCAAAGUCUGGUUGCCGGUGAAUGUUAUAUUUGUUGGGAUGCUUAUCACAAGCAUGUUUAGCUUAAAAUACAUCAAUGUUGCCAUGGUAACAGUUCUUAAGAAUGUCACCAAUGUCAUUACUGCUCUAGGGGAAACAUAUCUUUUCAUGAAGCAUCAUGACAGAAAAGUGUGGACAGCCCUGUUCCUAAUGAUAAUUUCUGCGAUUUCUGGAGGGGCAACUGAUCUCUCCUUUCAUGCAAUUGGCUAUGCAUGGCAGAUCAUAAAUUGUUUUCUGACGGCAUCAUAUUCGUUAACACUACGUCGAGUCAUGGAUACUGCAAAGCAAGCCACUAAAUCUGGGAACUUGAAUGAAUUUUCGAUGGUUUUGCUCAAUAACACUCUUUCUCUGCCUUUGGGACUUCUGCUUAUAUUUGUUUUCAAUGAAGUGGACUACCUCUGUAAAGUGCCACUUUUGAAGAUGCCUAUGUUCUGGUUGGUGAUAACUUCAAGUGGUUUUUUAGGUCUUGCUAUCAGCUUUACAUCAAUGUGGUUUCUUCAUCAGACGGGUGCAACUACAUAUAGCCUUGUAGGAUCACUCAAUAAGAUCCCUCUUUCGAUUUCUGGUAUCAUUCUCUUCAAAGUUCCAACCAGCAUGGAGAAUUUCUUGAGCAUUCUUUUUGGCCUCUUAGCAGGCGUAUGUUUUGCAAAAGCAAAAAUGCGGUAGCGAUCUCAGUCCUGAGGCAGAGAAAGAUGCUCACACAACUUAGAUUUGAAAAAGAAUUAUGAUAUACAAUUCAAGGCAUAUAGCAUGAAGUGAUCGUGGGACCGAAGACAUUCUUGAUAAGACACGUCAAAGAAGGUCCAAUGCUAUUGAAACCUCCUUAUUAAAGGUUAAAAUAUUUUUCAUCAAGGAAUUUCAUUUUCCUGGAGAUAUACAUGGUAAAAUUAAUCGGCAUUGGCGCAAAAAUUCUUGACUACCUACCUCUGCCAAUAUACUUCCACGUGUAAUUUUUAUUUUUGUGUUAGUACAUAAAUUCAUAAAUACAUAUAUAAUUGCACUUUUUCUUUCUUCUGGAUAA